AUGGAGCCCGUUCAAGGGGAGCCUCAGUGUUACAGGGACGCCGAGCGAUCCAGCGUCUUCUCACCACCAGUCUGGAGAUUCCGCAGCAAAUGGACGCCUUCGCCGACGUGGGCUGCACCAUCACCAGCUGGGUUAUGUUUUCUGGCAGAAGGUCCGUGGCCAGCAGCUGCUGUGCCAUCGGAUCGUAGCUUUCCGAGAUACUACUACGAAGAUGGCUCAGGGCCCGUUUCCGAGCAGACGCUGGAUCCCGAAUCCUUGAGCGAGCCCUCGAAACCCAGCCAUGUCGAGUUCCUGAGUGUCGUCCUUGGCAUCGCUUUUGCAAAGCUCCUCCUAGGCAUCAGGCUGCCCAUUGUCCCCAACUCACUGUCACCUUACGAUGUCACACCAGACGUCGCGUAUGGAGCUUUCGAGCAGCGGCUGGAGAUAGCAACCAACACCGUUGUCCAGUGGUUCAUUCCGAGGAGGGUCACACAUCCGGACGUCGAUGAAAAAGGGAGCAGGAGAACGACGACAGGCACUUUCACAAGAGUCCAAGUCGCGGCCAGGGCUACGAAAGGGAGGACAGCUCGACUACUGCUGACGAGGGUGGUGACUAGCCCAGUGACGACUCCGCCAGUUACCGCAGCCACAACUGGUGCUCAGGAAGAACACGACGGGGAACUGAGACGUGCCGUCACCCUCGAGUCUUGCAGUGGGCACGUGUACACUCACUGCGAACUUCCAAAGCACGAAUUCUACUGCAGUGCCUACAGGAAAGCCUGCGUACUGGCAGCCACAGACCCAGUGCACGUGUGCAACCACGGCUCCAAGUGGUUCUCAAGCAUCAAGAGCUGCCUCGCUAGCUGUGUCAACGGCCGCCACGUGUAGGACCGCUGUUACGGAAGCACACUUUUCUUUCCCUUUACCCGUUGAGUUCACUGAAUGCACCGUGGUUUCUUUCCUUGCUGGCCUCGCAGGAUUUUACCACGAUGUAGCUUUUAACCCUUCCUGCAGUACCAGAAUCAGCUCAUUGGGUUCAUAUUUGAGACAUAUUUUACAUGGUACCCCAAACAUUGCUACCAUCUGUCUCUCAACUGAAAUAAUUCGAAUAUUAGGGCAACGUUCAACCACUUCCUCAACACCCACCAAUCUUGAUCUGUUUUUUACGCUCAUGCUUGUGCACUCUGUCGAAAU